AUGGCUUCACUCAUCGACGACGCUCCUCAUAGAACAGAAAUAUUCGACUCGUUACCUUAUUACGACAAUGAUCUCGAGCGAGACCCUUUUUUGAAGGAAAAAGUCGAACGGGAGCUAGCACGCGAACCAAAACCACCGCAGACUCUGCACCCUCGCGUUCCCCCUCCACUAGAGCUUUUCAAGGAUAAACCUUGGCUUGCUGAUGAGCUUGCGCGGGUCGAGUCUCAUCAGCCUUUAAAACCUUUGGACACCAUAAGAUAUCAACUUCCGGCACCGACGUCCACUCCAGGCACCGAUGAUGAAUGGCAGCAAGCUUUGAAGAAUGCUCAAGCUCAGCUAGAGCACCAGCGUAUUCGGCACACGAAUCUCGCUCUGUUGCAGACAUAUGGACCUAAUGCUUGGCGAGUUCAUAAUUACUUAUUAGAAGCGACAGCCAAGCAGGCAGAAGGGGUGCUCGAGGAAUUGAAGCAGCGUACGACAGACAUUAACCGAGAACGCAAGAACUCUCAGACUCGAAUUGGAAACCAGUUGACAUCAUUGGAGAAAAAGUGGACAGAGUUGAUAUCGAGUAUCCUUCAGAUUGAGAUGGCGAAUGUCGCACUUGAUGCAGAAGUAGACCGAUUGAAUAAAAAGGAGGCUGAGCUUGCUAGCAUGUAG